CUCAGGAACGUCCGUUGGGAGGCGGGCGCGAAGGGAUGCUUCGGCGUUACCGGCCCCUGGCCUGGGUCUUUCUGUGGGUCACCUUCACCCAUUCUCCCAGAAACCGCGCGCUGAAUGCGCAUUCGGGCGUUUCCGGCAGCCCACAGGUCCUGCCUCCACAAAGAUAAGACAAAUCUGUGAUGUGAGUAAAAGGAAGCCUGGAGAGCAGUUAUCCAUCAUGGAAGGAGACCUUCUGACCUUAGAAUUCUCCUGGAAGCUGGUGGGGCCUGAGAUAGAGUGGACCCUGGAAUUGAUGGAUCUACAGCUUAUCUUAACCCUUCUGCCCUGAGUGGACAAGCCCUGAAUGACAUCUCAGCCUUCAGAGAUCAGCAGUCGCUGUGUGACAAUGGAGCAUUUAACCCAGAUGAUGGAAAGGAGAGCUUGGCAUUCUCAGGACUCUGGCCUUUUGGAGGAAGAAGAGGAUAUGACCAGGUCUCUUGAAACAGUGACAUUUAAGGAUGUUGCUGUGGACCUCACCCAGGAGGAAUGGCAGCAAAUGAAACCUGCUCAGAGGAACUUGUACCGGGAUGUGAUGCUAGAGAACUACAGCAACCUAGUCACAGUGGGUUAUCAAGUCACCAAACCAGAUGUGAUCUUCAAGUUGGAGCAGGAAGAGGAGCCAUGGGUGGUAGAGGAAGAAAUGCUUGGGAGGCACUGUCCAGAAGUUUGGGAAGUUGAUGAACAGAUCAAGAAGCAACAGGAAACACUUGUGAGGAAAGUCACAUCCAUCUCCAAGAAAACUCUGAUUAAGGAAAAUGUCAUUGAAUGUAAAAGAGUUACAAAAAUAUUUCCUUUGAGCUCAGAUAUUCUUACUUCAAGACAAAACUUCUUUGAAUAUGACUCACUUGAUAAGGGUUUGGAACAUAAUUUAGAUUUACUUAGUUAUGAGAAGAACUGUGUAAGAGAGAAAAACUAUGAGUAUAAUAAGUACAGGAAGCCUUUUUACCAUUGCUCAUCCCAUGUUCUAACCCCUUUUAAGUGUAAUCAGUGUGGACAAGACUUCAGUCAUAAAUUUGACCUCAUCAGACAUGAGAGAAUUCAUGCUGGAGAGAAACCCUAUGAAUGUAAGGAAUGUGGAAAAGCUUUCAGCAGGAAGGAAAAUCUUAUCACACAUCAAAAAAUUCAUACUGGGGAAAAACCAUAUAAGUGUAAUGAAUGUGGAAAAGCUUUCAUUCAGAUGUCAAACCUUAUUAGACACCAGAGAAUUCAUACAGGGGAGAAACCUUAUGCAUGUAAGGAUUGUUGGAAAGCCUUCAGUCAGAAAUCAAAUCUCAUUGAACAUGAGAGAAUUCAUACUGGAGAAAAACCCUAUGAAUGUAAAGAAUGUGGAAAAUCCUUCAGCCAGAAGCAAAACCUUAUUGAGCAUGAGAAAAUUCACACUGGGGAGAAACCUUAUGCAUGUAAUGAAUGUGGUAGAGCCUUUUCUCGAAUGUCAUCUGUUACUCUACACAUGAGAAGUCACACAGGGGAGAAACCCUAUAAAUGUAAUAAAUGUGGAAAAGCCUUCUCUCAAUGCUCAGUGUUUAUUAUACAUAUGAGAAGUCAUACAGGUGAGAAGCCUUAUGUGUGUAGUGAAUGUGGGAAAGCGUUUUCUCAAAGUUCAUCCCUUACUGUACAUAUGAGAAAUCACACAGCCGAGAAACCUUAUGAAUGUAAUGAGUGUGGAAAAGCCUUCAGCAGGAAAGAAAAUCUCAUUACACAUCAGAAAAUUCAUACUGGAGAGAAACCAUAUGAAUGUAAUGAAUGUGGGAAAGCUUUUAUUCAGAUGUCAAACCUUAUUAGACACCAGAGAAUUCAUACUGGUGAGAAACCUUAUGCAUGUACAGUAUGUGGGAAAGCCUUUAGUCAGAAAUCAAAUCUCACUGAACACGAGAAAAUUCAUACUGGAGAGAAACCCUAUCAUUGUAAUCAAUGUGGAAAAGCUUUCAGUCAGAGACAAAAUCUCCUUGAGCAUGAAAAAAUUCAUACUGGAGAAAAACCAUUUAAAUGUAAUGAAUGUGGUAAAGCCUUCUCUCGAAUCUCAUCCCUUACUCUUCAUGUGAGAAGUCAUACAGGGGAGAAACCGUAUGAAUGUAGUAAGUGUGGAAAAGCCUUCUCUCAAUGCUCAUUACUUAUUAUACAUAUGAGAAGUCAUACUGGUGAGAAACCUUUUGAAUGUAAUGAAUGUGGGAAAGCAUUCUCUCAAAGAGCAUCCCUUUCUAUACAUAAGAGAGGGCAUACAGGUGAGAAACCGAAAACCUACGAAUGCAAGGGAUGUAAGGAAGCUUUCAGGUGCCAAUCACUCCAUAUUGAACAUGAAAGAAGUCAUAAUAAGGAAAAAGACUCUAAAUGUGGAGAAUGUGGGAAAGCCUUUAAUAGUAGGUCAUACUUGAUUAAGCAUCAGAGAAUUCAUGAAAGCAAAAAAAGUAAAGAAAAUAAGAAAUGUGCCUCUAUCCGUGGCUCUGAAACUACUAAACCUCAGAGCAUUAACACUAGUGAGAAACCUCAUAAAUGUAAGGAAUGUGGGAAAGCCUUUCAUUCUAACUCACAACUCCGUAAACACCAAAAGAUCCACAUUGGUGAGAAACCCUAUAAAUGUAAGGAGUGUGGGAAGGCCUUUCCAUCUACCUCACAACUUAAUUUACAUCAGAGAAUUCAUACUGAUGAGAAAUACUAUGAAUGUAAGGAAUGUGGGAAAGCCUUUACCCGUCCCUCACAUCUUCUUCGACAUCAGAGAAUCCAUACUGGUGAGAAACCCCAUAAAUGUAAGGAAUGUGGGAAAGCAUUCCGUUACGACACACAGCUUAGUCUUCAUCAGAUAAUUCAUACUGGUGAAAGACGCUAUGAAUGUAAGGAAUGUGGAAAGGUAUAUAGUUGUGCCUCACAACUGAGUCUACAUCAAAGAAUUCAUACUGGUGAGAAACCUCAUAAAUGUAAGGAAUGUGGGAAAGCGUUUAUCUCUGAUUCACAUCUUAUUCGACAUCAGAGUGUUCAUACUGGUGAGAAACCAUAUAAAUGUAAGGAAUGUGGAAAGGCCUUUCGUCGUGGCUCGGAACUUACUCGACAUCAGAGAGCUCACACUGGAGAGAAACCCUAUAAAUGUAAGGAAUGUAAAAUGGCCUUUACUUGUAGCACAGAACUUAUUCGACAUCAAAAAGUUCACACUGGUGAGAGACCCCAUAAAUGUAAGGAAUGUGGAAAGGCUUUUAUUCGAAAGUCAGAACUUACUCAUCACGAGAGAAGUCAUAGUGGUGAAAAGCCCUAUAAGUGUAAGGAAUGCGAGAAGGCCUUUGGUCGUGGCUCAGAACUUAAUCGACACCUGAAAAUUCAUACUGGUGAGAAACCUUACAAAUGUAAGCAAUGUGGGAAGGCCUUUAUUCGUGGCUCACACCUUAGUAAACAUCAAAGAAUUCAUACAGGAAAGAGGAGUGAAUGAAGUCAUGGGAAGGCUCAAAAUUUUACUGACAUCUGCAAAGUCAUACUAGUAAAACAAAACCCUCUGAUUUUAAGGAAUGUGGGAAAGCCUUUGAAGAUAACAAUAUAAGAGCUCACAGUGUGGAUACAGGGCCUUUAUUUGAGGGCCAGAAUUUAUUUGACAUGUGUUAAUGCUGAGAUACUUUAUAAAUGUUAGAGAUUGAGAGGGUUCUAUUUAUGUUUCAAAAUUUAUUAGACAUCAGGGUUCAGUUGAAAUAAAAGUGAAAAAAUCCCAUGAAUGUAAGGAAAGUGGGAAGGCUUUGGAAGGCAGUUAAUGUGUCAGAGACAGUCAUACAAAUGGUUCUCAACAUCAGGGUCAUUUGCCCUGUGGGAAAUCAGAGGAUUCAUAAUAUAAAUGUCAUAAAUAUAGGAGACCAAUUUGCUUUAGCUAACAAAUUACUUGUCUCAUAAUUCAUACUUGAGGAAGGCUACAUACAGUAAUGUUAAAAAUGCAGCAAAUUCUUCCCGCUCACAUCUUAAAUAUUUGCAAGCUCAUCUUCUAAAAUUAACCUGAACUGAGGCAGAUUGGGAAAGGAUUUAACCAAUGCUCAGUCUUUACUUGGCUUAUAGGGCAAAUUACUUAACUAGGUCUAAACUUUCUCACUAAUAAAUUAGUAAUAUUAAUUAGUACCAUCUUGUUAGCAUUAUGAAGUUAAAUAAUUACAUUAUAUCCCAUAGAAUACUGUAUGGCUCGUAUUGAAAGUGAGUUAAAAGCUGAUUUAUUUUCAUAUUUGUGGAUAGACAUCAUAUGAGAGGAAGGCCUUAUGUGUACCAUGACUAUCGGAACAUCUUAAAUCAUCUCUUUAUUGAAUGUCAGGUAAUUCCUUCUGGAAAAAAAUUGAAAACUGAAGUUUUCAUUCACCUUGCCCUCUUGCCUCACUAGGGGAAAGGAAAUCAAGGCAAGUUACAAUUCGGAGUGAAUGACAAAAAAAAACUCCAUGUUGAAAGUUGUAGGAUGCAACAGAGCUAUACUUAGGAAAAUUAACUUUUAAUAUGUGUAGAAAAUGCAGACAGUUAAUGGCCACGAUUCAUUGUCAGUUCAAUGUACUUGGUGCACUGCCUGUUCUAAUAGGUUCCCUGUAAACACUUGUUGAAAUCUGAGAAAUGAGAGAGUAAAUGAAUAAGCAUUUGACUCUAGUGUGUAGAAAAGCUCUAAUUAAGAGCAAAGCCCAAAACAAAACAACAAAAAACCUUGAAAACUUUUUGAAAUGGGGGGAAAAAACCCCUCAGCCAUCAUGAAUGAAAGGAAAUGUAACUACAAAAAAGGAGUUUUAAAGAAAGAAGGCAAUAUUGUUGCCCCAGACACUGUUGGUUGCCUAUCCAUUGGUGUUAGCCAUUCUCCCUUUGCCAGGACUGCCUGCUGCCCAUCUAAAGUCUAGGUCUUGCACCUAGUUUGCUUUGCAUCUGGGCAUAUAUGUGACAGUCCUGGCCAUACAAGAUCUGAGCAAAAGUCUGCAAGUAGGCUUUAGGUUAAAUUUUCUUUCCUAACAAUAGGAGGAAGUAGCCUUAUGUUACAGGAUGCAUGUCUAUAUGUCUGAUACCUGAGAGGCUGAGAUUGGCACAGGGGACAGAUUGGAAUUACCUGCAUCCUUGACACUGUUGAACUGGUGAAAUGAUGCAGAGCUGCCCUGUCCCUGGAUUUUGAGUAAAAUAAGAAACUUCAUGCAUAUCUGUUUUUUAAAGGUUAUACUCAAUUUUUUAUGAUAGACCUGAGUCCUGGGAAAAAAUAUUUUUGUAUGUAUAUAUACAUAUUUAUUCACCUUUAAUUUAGUAAGACGAGGAAAUGUUUAUAUUCAGCUCUUUAUACUAUAUCUGAAAUUGUGGAAAAGCAUUAUUUUCUUAAAUACUUUUUAGACGUGUAUACAUGUAUUCUACUUCGAUUUAGUAAGACAUGGGAAAUGUUUUUUUUUUGUUGUGUUUUGACAUUCAGCAUUGUACUGUGUGUGUUUAUAUUCAGCUCUUUAAAGCAUGGCUGAAAUCCUCAGUGUUUUCCUGAAUAAAGUAAGAACCAAUAAAAAAAGCUAAUUAAAGAGGUAUUACAUGGGGUCGCCUGCGUGGCUCAGUUGGUUAAGUGACUGCCUUCAGCUCAGGUCAUGAUCCUGGAGUCCCGGGAUCGAGUCCCACAUCGGGCUCCCUGCUCAGUGGGGAGUCUGCUUCUCCCUCUGACCCUCCCUCGACUCAUGCUCUCUAUCUCAUUCUCUCUCUCAAAUAAAUAAAUAAAGUCUUAAAAAAAAAAAAAAGGUAUACAUGAUUUCUCUAGUAUCAGAAUAUCUAACAUAAAAUCUAAGUCUCCAAGAUACAGAGUCACAGCGAUAAAGCUAGCGUAAUCCUUUAAAGAAAUUUGGUAAAGGACAUCAAAUCAGCUAUAAAAAUAAUCCACCGUACUUACGGUUUAUGAAUAUUCCAAUUGAAAUAGCAAGUAAAAUCUAACAGCCCAUUGAAGAAAAUAGGGUGGUUGGUUUUUUUGGGGUCUUUUUGUCCAGAAUAAAAUGGUUCAUGACCUGUCCAAUUUUUUUUUAAUGUAAUGGGUAAAGGUAGUGUUUGCACAUUGAAAAUGAGACCCUAAAAUAACGAUUUCCCACGGAAAGUAGUAAAUGAGAAACUUACAACAUACUUAUUCAACUGCUGUUCAGUCCCUGCAGUUAUCCACUUAAUCCUACCUCAUGGGCUGCAGACACAUUUGGAAUAAUCACCAUCCAGUGGAUUCCACGUUAGGCUCACACUUUAGAAAAUGAUACAUACUUCAAAUAAGUUUUUUUUUUUAAAGAUUUUAUUUAUUUGACAGAUUGUGAGAGAGGGAACACAAGCAGGGGGAGUGGGAGAGGGAGAAGCAGGCUCUCUGCUGAGCCCAGAGCCCAAUGCAGGGCUUGAUCCCAGGACCCUGGGAUCAUGACCUGAGCCACCGAGGCGCCCCAGUUUUAUACUCUUAAAGGACAUACUAUUCUGUGGUUGGGAAUGAAGGAAUGAAAAACUGUUAGUUAAGAGAAAAAAUGUAAUUUUUUUUUAGUAUAAAGGUAAGUUGGGUCAUUUUAUAUUGGUUCUUAUUUAACAUAUUAAAACACAUGUACUAAGGCAAAAGGGCUUUCUCUCCCCAUCUACCACUCACACAAAUGCAAUGACCCAGGACUUUACUCUUUUAAUCACAGGGCAGUUCAGCCCUUUCCAAAGAGAUGUAUUAAUUACAUUGCAGUUUAUUCCUUAGUCCCACCCCCAACUCCCAUUCCUUGUCUUUCAUUCAGUUAUAUGAAAAGGAUCCAGGAAAAAUUCAAGAUAAUGCCCUACUCCAAAUGGAAGUCGUCAGCUAAUGGAUGAAAUGGAACCAAAGUGAAACUAAAAGGGGCAGAGCAUGCAAUUCUUGACCUUGGGGUUGUAAAUUCGCGCCCCACGUUGGGUGUAGAGGUUACUUAAAAUCUUUAAAAAAAGUGAAACUAUAAGAAAAAUAAUUGACAGGCCAUAUUAAAAUUUUAAGUGACAACAUAGAAAAUUGGGUGGAUAUUAUAAUUACAUUGAUUUUCACCUCCCAGUUAUUUACCCAUUUACCUCUUUUGUUUCCAGUUUGUGGCUAUUAUAAAUGUGUAAUAUAUUCUUUUAAAAUUGAAGUAUAGUUGACAUUUGUGUAAUACAUUGUUUAUUGAACUAGGGAGAUUCCUGAGAUGACUCAUUAAUCCCUUCUAUGAAUGCAAAAAAAAAAAAAA